UUACAUUGCAGACAGUAGCCAUCACGGUCCGCGCGAUCUUCGUCUUUAUAUUCUCCUGCUCCGACGUGCGUCAAGUCUUCGGCAGCCAUUCGUUAAGGUAACUCAUUCGGGUCCACUCAUUUCUAUCAUCCAGUCGUUGCUCAACCUCCAUGUCCAUUAUGGACUCGUACAAGGCUUUGGCAAUCCUAGCCUUUUGUGCGGGCGCGCAUGCUGCGGCCUUGCCACAGAUCAAUCUUCCUGGCGUUCUGCCGUUGGCUGCAACUACCUCCACCGCUGUCGGCGCUCCUGGUGCUAGUGGCAGCGCCGCCGCUGGUGUUAAAGUGAAUAAGCCUGCUAUUGCUCUGCCUGGAGGCCUUCCAGCUGCGCCGGCACUUCCGGCAGUUCCUGGCUUGUCUCUGCCCGUAACCCCGCCCGGCCUGCCCGAAGUCCCUCUUCCUGAUCUCACCGGCGGAUUGCCAGGUGGCUUGCCUCUAGCAGGUCUCCCAGUCGAUGUUCCGGCGGUCCCACUUCCAACGGAUGCACUUCCAUCCGUUCCUGGCGUGCCUGAGCUUCCAGCCGUUGGAAGCUUACCUAUUCCUGAACUGCCCGCUGCCCCUGGCAUUCCUAAUCUGCCUAGCGUGGACGGCUUGCCUGUUCCCGACCUCGGUGUAGUGCCUGGCCUUCCAGACACCGGAUCGCUUCCUAUCCUCGAGGUUCCUGCCGUCCCAGACCUACCGAUCCCCGCCGUCCCUGGCGGUCUUCCAAUUCCAGAUACGGGCGCUCUAUCCCUCCCUCUCCCCUUACCCGAACUCCCAACCGGCGACAUCACUGAUCUCGCUUCGACCGAUGCCCUCUCCAAGAUCGUGCAGUUGGGCUCUACUGUCCUUAGCAUCGUACUCUCUAUCCUAACCAAAGGUGCUUCCCUCUUGCCCUUGCCUGGCGGCUUGCCUGUUCCGAGCGUGCCUGCUAUUCCCGCUCUUCCCAAUGCUUCGCUCCCGCUUCACAAGAGGCAAAUCACCGGCGUCACGUCUGCUGCUAGCUCCGCGACGGCUGCUGCCGGCGGACUUCUUGGAGGUGUGACUGGCGGAGGCUCCCCUUUGAAUGCUGUUACUGGGCUCACUGGCGGAUUGACUGGUGGAAGCUCGCCCUUGAACGCUGUCACGGGCCUGACGGGCGGCUUGACUGGUGGAAGCUCGCCGCUCAGUGCCGUCACCGGUGCCACGGCCAUCUUGCCCGUCGUCGGGGGUGUGACGGCGAACCUGCCUAGUGUCGGCGGUGGGUCGGAUCCCGUUUCUGGUGUCGCUAAUACUGUCGGUGGACUUACGAAUAACCUCCCCGUUGCUGGCCUUACUGGAAAUUUGCCAGUGGUCGGCGGCGUUACUGGCGGCUUGACUGGUGGUGGUUCGCCUCUCAACACCGUUACCGGCGCUGUAUCCGGUCUCACCGGUGGAUCUAGCCCAGUCUCUGGUGUUGCUGGUACGGUAGCUAAUGCGGUGGGAAGCGUCCCGGUCGUCGGUGGCGCUGCUGCUCCCGUGCUCAGCACAGUUGGGGGGCUCACGUCUGGCUCUUCACCUGUCGGAGGCCUUACUAACGCUGCGUCCGGCAUAGUUGGAACGGGUGCAGGUGCUGCUGGCAGCGUUCCUGUCGUCGGGCCUGCUGUUGGAGGUGUCGUUAGCACCUUGCCUGUCGUUGGCGGCGGCUCUGGUACCCCCAACCUUAGUCCAUACAUUCCUGGUGGCAUUCCUGGAACUGACCCAGUUGGCGCUUUCUCUAUCUCCGUCAUUGCUACUCUUCUGAGUCUGCUGAAGAAAGAUCCCAUGUCUCUCUUCGCCCAGUCGCUGCCCAUCCCGGCCCUUGUGAAGCGGGACCUUCCCGAGCUCCACAGGCGCGACAUUCCAGAGCUUGCUAGGCGCCAACUCGGCGCCUUGCCGUCCCUGUCUCAGGGCCUCCCGGGCGUAGGCGUUGGCGGUCUCCAGGCUAGCGGUAUUCCAGGCGUCUCUCCUGACCUCGCCUCCCUCGUCGGCUCAAUCGCGAAGAACAUUGCCAUUCCCGGUGGAAAGGGACUUGGCGGUAUCACCAGCGGCAUCCUGGGCAUCCUCAACGGUGUUGUGCCCAACUUCCUCUUCCAGCUGCCCGUCGUGCAAGACUCGGUCCCGACCUUCGGUGUCCUGCAGCUCCUGUCCUCUAUCAACCCUACCAAGUUCAAGGAUUUGGCUGGUCUGACGAGCUUGGGCGCUCUGCAACAGGCCGCUUCUUCGAUCCCCGCUGGCGACCUUGCUUUCAUUAAGGGCCUGCCAGUCAGCCCGGAUUCGACGAACUUGAUUACGACGAUCAUGACUUUGACCGACAACAUCCUGACCUUGCCCGGAAAUGUUGCUAACCUGAAGGCUGCUGUUUCCGUCCUGUGUUUGAAGAAUCUGGGUCUGUCUGUUCCAGGACUGGCCUAGAUCUAUCUCGAGUGAGGAUGAUGGACCGGGAGAUGUGAUGAAUAAGAGGAAGAAGAGGGACAUGGUGAUGGAUACGAAAGAUUGCGGAAACGUGGGGACGUUUACAGCAUGGAAUGCUGACUUUCUCUUCUUGUUGGGGAUGU